GUGACGUGUCGAGAAGUGUCAAACAGGAGGAUGUAAAGAUGACCGAAAACUCUCCACAUAACCUCACUAAGAUAAUUAGUAGUCGGCGGUUUGGAUAACCUUGUUACUCGUAGGUUUAGGUUUUAUAGACUAGCCGUUCUUCAUUACUUGAAGACGGUUUAACUCACUUUCGAACCGCGACAUUGCCGUCGAGCUAACUUAGCGGCAGUUGAGCUAACCGGAGUCGGUAAACUGGCUGAGCUGGACUAAACAGGAGCGGUAACCGGCUGGGCUAAGAGUAACAUGUAACUAAUGUGAAACGGCCAGUGCUACAGUUAGCUAGCCGCUUAGGUUAGUUUCAUCGUCCAUCACUCACUUAAUUAGCGUUUAGCUCGGUAUUCAGCCGAGUAGCUGGCAGCAGGACUCAUACCGAGGGCAGAGCAAGAUGUCUCGGAGAAGGCUUGACAGUCGCAGCGGACUCUCCGCCGGGCUGCUCGCCGAAACUCAUACCCCGAUCAGCACGGAGCCGAUGGAGAGUGUGUAUGAAAUCACCGGAGAGCUGGGGAGGGGGAAGUUUGCAGUGGUGAAGCGCUGCGUAGAGAAGGCGACGGGGAAAGCGUUUGCUGCCAAGUUCCUACGAAAGAGGAGGAGAGGUCGUGACUGCCGGGCAGAAGUCAUUCAUGAGAUGGCUGUCCUGGAGGUGGCUCGUAACAACGCCCGAGUGGUCAACCUGCAUGCUGCUUAUGAAACCGAUCACGACAUUGUCUUAGUGCUGGAGUAUGCGGCGGGUGGAGAGAUAUUCGACCACUGUGUGUCUGAAGAGCUACUGCCAGAGGUCCAGAUCACCCGUCUGAUCAGGCAAACGCUGGAGGGAGUCCACUACCUCCACCAGAGCAACCUGGUUCACUUAGACCUGAAGCCACAGAACAUUCUCCUGACCAGCCCGUCCCCUCCAGGAGACAUAAAGAUUGUAGACUUUGGUCUGGCUCGCAGACUGGGUGCGGUUGGAGAGCUCAGAGAGAUUCUUGGCACACCCGAAUAUGUCGCCCCAGAGAUCCUCAAUUAUGAACCAAUCACAACAGCGACUGACCUCUGGAGUGUGGGUGUUAUAGCCUACAUGCUGGUGACGGGUGAAUCUCCGUUUGCCGGGGACGACAAGCAGGAGACGUAUCUAAACGUCUCCCAGGUCAACGUGGACUACAGCAGGGAGGCCUUCGCCAGAGUGUCAGAGCUGGCCGUGGACUUCAUCCGCAAGCUGCUGGUCAAAGCACCCGAGGAUCGGCCCAGUGCUGCAGAGUGUAUGACCCACCCCUGGCUAUGGCAGCAGCAGCAGCUCUGUCUGAGCCCUGACCCGACUACGACCCGCACCGUCCGAGAAAGGAGCUGUGGCAUCAAGUGGGCAGCCCCACCAGAAGACCCCGAAGACAAGGAGAACUUCCUGGAGUCGUCGCCUCACUCUCACGCAAAAAAGUUUCGCUUCGACGAGGAGACGCCUGCUGCUGGAGACGGUGACUUUUGAAAAAGUUAAAAAGCAAGAAAUUGAAGUAAUAAGGCAGGGGCCUUCCUCUGAGCUUUUAAAUUAUUUUAAGCCUCCAGAAAACCAUCUGUCUGCUGCCCACCACUCAACAGUACUUAGGCUGUGUUUAUAUUCCACUAAUUGAUCAGUUGCAAGAUCGACCACUCAAACCAAAGAUAACCAGCUAAAUUUUGAAAUCUGUUGCUGUUAAAAGGUGUGAAAAUUGUACAGUAUGUCUCAAUUAAUGCAGUGUGUUUAACCUUAAGUAUUUAAUUCCUUUCGUUGUUUUUUCAAAGGGCUGCAUUAAACCCUGUGUUAGCUGUCCCUAUGCAGAUGAAGUGUGUUGAGGAUUUCUAGGGAACUCUAUGCAAUAAUUCUUGUGCAUUUAAAAUCUUUGCCUUAAGGUGGGAAGCUAAGUGUUGUUAGUCAUCAACCCGUUACUGUUCAGUUGCACUUCAGCAGAAACUUGUGAUGUUGAGAUAAGCUGCUCUGCAAUGAGGAAGUGCGAUCACGUCUUCAUGUGCAUGUUGAAGAGAAUUAGGCACAGCAGCAUUAUGGGAAACCUGAUGUAGGUGGUAAAACACCCUGCUGCCCGUGCCAUGGUUGUGUUUCACAUCAAAGACAGGAUUACUCACAGCACAUUACAUUCCUAUAUGUUUGUCUUUUCCCUGGAUGUCAAACUUUCAAAUUUUCUCCAUGUGCACUGCAGACUGAGGGUUUAAAUUUAGCUCAGGGUUUUAGAUAAAACUUCUUUUUAUAGCCUAACCAUAGCGUAGGCCCCUUAAAAGACCUGACAGGCUUCCACAUUUUUCUUAUAUUUAGGUUGUUGUGAAAGGCCGAAAGUGAGCAGCGGUAUUCAUGGCAUUAUUGUUUGUGCUGCCCCAGUGUAGCAGAAACUAACAGCUCCAAAAGAAGCAGUGACUCAAGCAAAUUGUUCAAAUGCCACACCCGCAUUUACUCAAUUUCCUCACUGAGCUGCAAGUUCCUCUUUGUUAUACAUGACUUUAGCACUUACUUCACCAGCACACGUAUUGAACUGAUAAGCAAACGGGGAGCUAUUUAUGAAAGCGUGUCCUUCAGAGGUUCACUGUCUUUCACCAAAGCCAUUCAGUCUGCGAGUCCUCUUGGGUCAGGGUGCCUGAAGUGAUCUAUUCCUGUUGUUGUUCAUCUCAGGGCAUGCUGCUCACUCUCUGCUCACUUUGUUUUGUAUUCUUAAUGUUAUUCUUAUAGGCCUAUUAUUAUUUAUGUGCUGGACUUAUACUUUAUAUUUUUAUGUAAAUGUGCUCAUGUGUCUUAUAAGGAAGUGGUGGGAGACUGAAGAUGAUUAAGGUGUUAUUUAAUACAAGAUGCUGAAUAAUAAAUGGAAACAUUGGAAGAUGAAGAGAAGGACUAGUUUUAAGGUGGUAUUGGAAAGUGAGCAAACAUGGAUUCGAGGAGAUGAGUCAGAGGAAGGAAGGUGAUUAAAUACUUGGAUGGAACUGGAAAUGUGUCAGUCUUGAAAGAAGAAUAGUUAGACAUCAAAGGAAUAGUUUUCUGUUUCUUUAAGUUCUGACGUUGAACGUUAAAAUAAGCGGGUGUUGAGAAAGUGAGAAUGAUGAUUUCACUGUUAAAUUUUAGAGAAAAAAAGGAGGGUGUUUAUCCCAAGAAGCAUGACAGAACCACUGCAUAAUGUGAAAUAUGAGGUGCUAUUGACUCAAAACAAAACCUCACCUCACCAAAAUCAACUCUGAUUGCGUUUAACCUCCGGCUAUAAAACAUUCCUUUUUUUAUUGUGCCAAACCGAAUAGGACCACAUUGCGUUUGUGUGUUGUUGUCACCAGCCGGCACAAUGGGCUUUGUGAAGUGAGAUGGGCGUCUCCAGCCACGGCCAUGCUCUCAUCUGUAUGCUGUCAUCCUUGAAAACUGGAACACCACACUGUAAAAGAACUUCAUAUUAAGUGAUUUAGAUGAGGACUUGUUGAUUAAGUAUAUUUGUAUAUGUCAGUUUGAUACAGUCAGGUGAUUGUAGGAACCUAGAAUCCCUUUUGCUACUGUAUUAGGAAAUAAGCUUGAACCUUACUUAAUCUCAAGACUUUUUUCGAAGUCGGCCUGCUCUGCGUUUUGUAUUUAAUACCUCUCCAAACAGAUGACAGUGUCUUUGAGGUAAUCUUGAUCCAGCUCAAAGCAAAGUGAAGCUAUCUCGCUCCUCUUGUAGCGGAGUCUGUAAAAAUAGAUUUUAAGAUGUAAGUAGUUAAAUCUCAGAAAUAGACAAACUUGUUUUGCAUUGCAGUGAUGUCAGGGAUCUCACUUUGCCGGAUGACGGAACGCUCAAAUGGACGCAGCGGCUCAUGUUCGCUGCCAUUGUUUAUCUGUCACUUGAACAUGACUUAUGCUGUAGCGUUGAGCUCGUUGUUUUGUACAGCCAUUGUGCUGUGUUAUUUUCAGCAGCUAGUCACUCGGUGGCCUCCGUUGUGUGUGUCUGUGUGAGCGCUCAUUGUCUGAGCGAGAGGUGCUCAGCUGGCAGCCGGGCCGUCGUCCUCAAGAAGUGGAGCGCCGCUGAUGUCACCCAACAUUCCUGUUUGUUCUCUUUGAGCGCAGUCAGACUGAAGGAUACUGUAUGUUAGUAAAACCAGCCACAAGCACAAGCAAAUAAAUGUUGAAGAGAUGUAUGUUUAUUUUGCAUUUUAUAUUGUUUUUUUUAAUGUAUGAGCAUUCUGAUUGCAUUUGAAAUUACUACAAAAAAAAAAAGACAUAAUCCGUUUGUAUUCUGAUCAGCUGCAGGCUAAUAUAUAGGCAUCACAAAGCAAACUGAAAAAGCUCAUUAAAGAUUGUAGAAAAUA